GACAGUUUGAGAGGAGAGAAAAGCCAUUGAAGAACCAGGGAUUGAGCGCAAAAGAAGGGUGGACUGCAGCCACAUGAGCGUCUGAUUGCGUGAUUUCUUGUGUGUCCUUCAAGGGGACUCGAAUUGGUUAUUUAUGGGGGCUGAGGGGAGCUGCCGAAGGACAUAUGUACUGGAAGACAUCCGUGGAAAGCAGGCAUUCGUACAUUGUUUUGCUUCGGAGUCCUUCUUGAGGCACGGCCCCUGAUUUUGUAAGCAAAACGGCGCCCCAGCCUUUUGGUCAGCCACGUUCAAAAUUUUCCUAGUAGCCCUUCUGAACUCAGUAUGGACGCCCCUUCUGAAGCCCCCACCGCUCACUCCUCGGUGCUCCGCUCUGCCACUCUAGCGUCCGUCACCCUUCUUCUGGACGCAAAGAACCUCUGCGAGCUAGUGGGUUGUUCCGAGGAGCCCGGAGGCGAACAGACGGCCACGGGAGAAGGCGUUGGGAAAGGAAGUGGUCUGUUGCAGAAUGGCUGCUCAGCUGGUUCUCCGGAAGAAGCAAGCAGGGAGGGGCACCCGGGAGCGGAACUCUUCGACAGUGCCUCUAUGGUAAAGUCAGGGGAGAGGGAGGAAGACUUGGGUGCCGGCUCAAGCGAACGGAGCAACGGAAGUGGCCAGUCUCCAAAGGGGGCUAAUGAAGCCAGGGACGAAGAAAAUGUUGACAGCUUGCGGAUGCGGACUGCCAGCUGUCAGGGGGGCGCUGCUCUUGCGCUGCGACUUGUGGAGAGGCUUCUGGUAGAGGCGGUUUCGCCAGACUGGCGGGAGCCACCGACGGGGCCUUCGGAAUUGGGCAAUUUGGAGGGGGGGGGAGUUCGGAUGGUCAGCAGACUUGUUUUGGACGGUGGGCAGAUUCGGACAGGGGACGUGCUAGACACCCUGGGAAAGUCCAGGGGGCCUGUGCUGAGUUGUGAGCAGUUGCUCGAGCUUGUGUGUGUUCAUUGUGUGCUCGUUUCAUUUCUGCGACGAGCUGAUUCUGGGUCGGGGAAGAAAGCGAAGGCCGAAAGAGGGGGGGAAGGUGCAUCCCACUCGGGCGCCAGUUCCGACAUCGGUUUCGGGCUGACUACGCUUCUUGGUGUCUUGGACUACGUAGAGCCAAGCUGUGGUGCACCGUCGUUUGUUCGCCCUGUUCAGCUCAAUGCCGGUGCGCAAUUGGCUAUGAUUCACGCCUUGAGUCUGGCAAGAGGAUACUUAGAGGUCCCAUCAAGAAGUGCAGAGGCGGCUGAAGUACAGGGGGCGGCGUUGCAGGAUGUGGGUGGGCUUGCGCAGAGAGCGGUGGGGCUGUUCAAGGGCAGUUGUUUGUCUGCGCUCGAAUUGGCCGGGUUUCACACACCGACUACUGACGGCGAAGCAAAGUCGGCGGAGGAAGGGGAGCUCUUGCACUCAAUGCCUGCAGCCUUGGCGCUAGCUAGGGCUCUGAGCGUAACUUCAGCGGACCUUGCAGCUGUUGUGGCCGGACCGGUAAAUAUUGGAACGCCUGAGGCAAGUUUGGAGGAGUUAGAGGGGGUGAAAAUGGGUAAGGCCCCAGCCGGGGAGGAAGGGGUGAAGGGUGUCACUUUUUGGAGGUCGAGCCUGCAGCUGGCGGCGCUGACCGCCCUCUCUGAUGUGUGUCAGUGGCUCGCAAGCCACUCCGAAAGUUCCAGAACCCAAGUCGAGUCAACCGAGAGAAGGGGCCCCGAUGGCGUGACAGAAGACGAAUCUGAGAAUCUGUCAGACAGUCUGGCUCCAGACAAGCAGGGCGCUCAGAGUGCGGCAGAAGUGGACGGUUUGGUGGCCGGCUGUCUUACCCCAGAUGAGAGCGCUGCGGCGUUUCUAGUCGCUCGGGAACUGGUUGGAGUGGACGCUGCAGUUGAGGAUCUGGGGCUCGAGGGGGUCCCUAACCCGCUGGGUCAGCUGCUGGUUUACAUAACUGUGAUCCUGCGGUUGGAGAUGGAAGCCGGACUGGAGACGCUGCUCCUGGCAGCUUUCUGUGGGCUCCUCACGUCCCUGGUUCGUCUGUACUCCACGAGUCACCCUUCGGAUGGGGCCGUCCGCCUGGCGACAGGUGUCGCACGUGGAUUGGUUGCGAGCUUCGACGUCCCGGCAGGUGCCCCGCUGCAGUCCCUCGUAACGCUCGGCCUCGAGUACAGUCCUCUGGAGGUCGCGGUGUCAUGGGCCGCGAGCGCAGUCAGCGACUGCCUGGAAACGGCGACCCGACUCGUAGAGGAUCGUAACAUUAGCGGGCUGGAGUCUUUGGAAAGAGAAGAGCGGGGUUACUGUGAAACGGAAUCAGCGGGAUUGCCCAUGGGUGCAGGGGAAGGGGGGCUUGAGGGGGUAACGGCGGUUCCGGUUGGGGGGGGCACGAAGCCAGAGGAGUUACCCCCUCAGAAGAGCCCUGACUGUGAGGAGGCGAUGCUGAGCUGGGUCGAGAAUGGCGGGCUGAAAACCGAGGUGCCGGAACUGGAAGAAGAGGCGGGGGGGGUGAUGGAUGGGAGUGAUUCUGCCCCCCCGGUUGUGCAUUUGGCGUCGAACGGAUGUAGGGAUCAGAUUUUAGACUUGGCGCUCGAGUUCCUAGUUCGGACCGUAGAAAGGGGGGCCGGUUCUAACAGAGAUGGCAGUGGGCACAUGGGGAAAGGACACUUGGCAGAGGACGAAGGGGGAUACGUGGAGCUGGGCCUGGAGCCGCUCACGCAGAUCAUUGGCGCGUUUACGGCGGUCUGCGAUGCUGACGUGGCAGUCGAGCUGCGAGAAACGGGGGCCGGGGGCCUCCUAGAUGAGCGGCAGGGUCUGCGGGUUCUGCGUGGGUUGUGCGCGGCAUUGAGUCCCGUCGAGGAAGGCGUUCUGUGGCUCUCGGAUCUGUGUGAGAAUGCGCUUUCGGAGGUCGGCAGGGCAGAAGAAGUGGAUGGUUCGAAAGGGACCGGCUUGUGGUCGUCGGAACUGCGCAGCAGGGAGAAGCCUGCUUCGGGGGGGUCAGACGGGAGUGAGAAGAAUCCCCCCCUUGCACAGAAGCCCGCUGAAGUUGAGAUGCUUAUGUGCGUCUCAGAAGGGGGUCUGGGAGAAAGUCCCUCCAACAGAACAGGAACGGCAGGAAGUACUUCGAUCGACGGGAGCGAACGGAGCAACCCUGACGCGGAGGUUGCGGGAGAAGAGCCAGCGGCUAUGGUGGCAGCGAAGACGGCGCACGGAGACGGCACGGGGGCGGAAAAGCCGGACGCUUCGCAAGUCGAGGCGGCGGCGGAGCUCGUGCGGUUGGGGGCCGCGAUGCACUGCGCUGCAGAGAGGCUGGUGGAAAGGAAACGGGGACAGUGGAGUGCGGUGGCACAAGACAAGGUGCUACAAGCAACUUUAGUGCGGUUCCGACAUCAGUUGGAAGGUUUGAUGGCCGCCUACGAGGCCUGCCGAGAAACCUGUGCACCUACCGGUCUGCUUGACUGCUUAGCCCCGUUGUGCGAGGACUUGCGGCAAGCAGGGUUUAGGGUUUCCGAUAACUGCCGCGUGCUAACGACGGACGUUCGGACAGUCUUUCCGACUACGGACGCCUACGAAAGCGGUCGGGAAGAAGCGGCCGACUUGACGUGCGCCGGUGGGCUCGAAGGUGUUGACGAAGACGAGCGAACAUUGUCCGGAGAUGGGGCUUUGGAUGCACGUCUCUGUUCGGACGCGGAGAAAAAGGGUUUGGACGCAGCGAGAAAGGAACCGGACUCAGACGAAGUGGGUUCGGAGGUUGAGGAACGGGGUUCGGACGCAAAAGGUGUGGACUCGGAUUCGAACGGUGCCGAAGCCCCUACGGAAUCCGUUCCGCGGACGCGUUCCGGACGGAAGAGCGCGGCACCGUCGGCGUGGUGGGCGGUUGUCGACCAGGAGAAGGGCAAGGAGGAGAGGGGCGCCAAGAGGAAGGCGUCCGAGAGCGUCCGAAAACGGGAGAGCGCGUCCGAAAAGCGUCCGAAAGUGGCCCCGGGCGUGGAGGUAACGCUGGUGGAGCAGGGCGGCGAGAUGGCGGAGAUUGAUCUGGAAGAGGAGGAGCGACGGAACGACCGGCGCUCCAAACGGCGGCGGAAGAUGCUCGCGGUCAAGAAGCGCAAAGCGGCGGCGCGCGGCCCGAGUGGGAACAAGUUCGUCGCGUACGCGCUCGAGGAGCAGAUGCUCGACUCGGAGUCGGAGUGGGACAGCGACGAGUACUCAGACAUGGAGGAUUUUAUCGCGCUCGAGAACGAGGAAGUCGACUUCAAAACGAUGCCGCUUGCGACGAUCACUCCGUACGUCCCUUACGAGGAGCCGGAAGAAGAGGCGGCGGCACUGCCGGAGGCCCAGGAGGGCGUUGCAUAGGGCGUAAAGUCGGCCGGGUGACAGCGUUUCUACGCUGUCACCCAGCUUUGGGUUAUCUCGAACUAGUGCAUAGAGUUUUUCCUCAAUAGAAACUGUCUGCGGGCAGAAUAGUGUGUAAAGCACUCGAAUCCGCAGAAGUGAGACGAAAGGGGGACGUAGUGUCGCAAGCUGGUUUGUGCGAUUUGCAUGCCUUGGGAUUCAUAAACCCUCGGUGUAUUGCUCACGUGCUUCCGGCCGCGCACCAGCACAUGCAUGUGGCGUCAUGCUGCAGACAGUGGCACCACAAAGUGACGCCACACAGAUUUGUACGAUGUUAUAUCAACUAUUCGUACCUGCAUUGCAUGAUCG